AUUCAGAUGCCUUCUGUGUGUGCACAUGUGUAGUACAUACCUGGGAUCAAAGCCGCCUAUAUAAAGUCCUCGAUUCUGUGUGGGUUCAAACACAUUCAAAGCUUCAGGAUCCCGAAAGGUUUCGCUCUGCUUCCUGAAGCCCUGAGCCUGCUCCCAUAAAGCCAUGGCUUACAUUGUAUUCCGCAGGUGUGGGGCUCAGCUGCACCAGCCCAGGACCUGGCCCUGCACUGCAAUGCUUUCUCUUCUCUUCAUUCCCAUCUGCUCCAAAGCGCUGGACGUGUCCCAGCCUGCAGUGGUGCUGGCCAGCAACCGGGGUGUCGCCAGCUUUGUGUGUGAGUAUGAAUCCUUACACAAAGUCAAAGAGGUCCGGGUGACAGUGCUGCGGCAGGCCAACAGCCAGAUGACUGAAGUCUGUGCCUCCACGUUUGAGGUGGAGAAUGAGCUGACCUUCCUAGAUCAUCCCACCUGCACUGGCACCUCCAGUGGAAACAAAGUGAACCUCACCAUCCAAGGGCUGACGGCUAUAGACAUGGGGCUCUACAUCUGCAAGGUGGAGCUCAUGUACCCACCACCCUACUACGUGGGCAUGGGCAACGGAACCCAGAUUUUUGUCAUUGAUCCAGAACCAUGUCCGGAUUCUGAAUUCCUCCUCUGGAUUCUUGCAGCAGUCAGUUCAGGAUUGUUUUUUUACAGCUUCCUCAUCACAGCUGUUUCUUUGAGCAAAAUGCUAAAGAAAAGAAGCCUUCUUACUACCGGGGUCUAUGUGAAAAUGCCCCCAACAGAGCCAGAAUGUGAAAAGCAAUUUCAGCCUUAUUUUAUUCCCAUCAAUUGAGAGAUCAUUAUGAAGAAGAAAGACCAUUUUCCAAUAUCUAAGAACUGGGGCAAUUCUAAAUUUUGAUAUCCAGCUAUUUUUGUUUGUUUGUAUAUUUUGGGGGAAAUCCUUCUCUCUUUAAUAUAAAGCUGGAUGUGCGACCCAAAUUAAGUAUACUACAAUUUAAAGCAAAAGAACCAGAAAACAGAGCUGGGACUUUUCUGUCCCAUCAGAUCCAAUUUUAGUAAAAGCAUCACUUGAGAGCAAUAUGGGGACGCAGCAUUACAAUGUGGAUCAAGUAAUUAAGUUAGGGGAUGGUCAAGCCCAAAGAAAGGAAAGGAGGUCGUGAAGAAGAGGAAAUAUAUUGUACACACCUUGCAUUUACAUAUAAGAAGUUUAUAACUGAAACGAUCUUUUCCAGUUAUAUUUGUAUACUGUACUAUUUUUCUUAACAAAUGUAUAAUGACAUGAAGACUUUGAAAAUACUCAUAUGGCUAUAUUUUAGCCAGUGAUAGCAAAGGUUGUAUUGUACCAAUAUGUAUUCUUUUAUUUGAUAGUAUUGUGCAUGGGGCCACAUGUACUUUUGUGUAUUUGCUGAUGAUUUGAAUAUAAACACUAUAUGGCAGUGUCUUCCCAUCAUGGGUUCCAGGGAGGUUUGGUGGAGGGGCUCAGGACACUAAUAUGCAGGCAUAACAAGGUCACUUGCUGAGUGGCUCAGAAACUGGGUGAGGCCGUAGUGGUGCUCCAGAUUCUUGCAGACCGGUUGGACUGAAUUGGUGUGGUCACGAAGGUGCUUUGGGCUUUUAUGUCAGCUCCUUUCAGUGGCUUGCAAGGAAGCUGAAGCUGGUGGUAUCUGAGCUAACUUGACAGAAGAGCAUGGAGGAAAUGGUUUACUCCAGGAGUUUUGAAGACGUGAGCUUCAAGGAAGUUCCAGGGAGCCCCAAUUCCUUACCAUGGUUAAUAGCACUGACAAAAGAAAGCAGCAGGUGGCAGAAUGGGGUGCAAGAAUGUUUCUGAAAACUAACACUGUUGGUGUUUUUUAACUCACUAUUUUCCAUGAAAAUGCAACAACAUGUAUAAUAUUUUUAAUUAAAUAAAAGUCUGUGGUGGUCGUUCUAUGGUGUUGUCUUUAUCUUCCUUUUAUUUGAGGAUUGUAUUUGCAUUUGUUUUUGAUUCAUUCUUUCGGCACUUGACAGAGUCUCCAAUAUCAGAAAUACUGGGAACAAAGUGGAAGAACACAAAAGGGCAAACAAUGCUUCACGAGUCACCUGUCUACCAGUCCAUUAUCUGCAAACUAUUCUUGGAAGGAAUCCAUCUUGUCUUUCCUUCCCUUUGAUUCCUUCACAACUACUGUGGGAUAUAAAGUGGGUUAACACAGACAUAGCAAUCCUUUAUAAACACGCAGCAUGCUCUUUAGCACAGUUUCUUCACCUCCGCUUUCUUACCCAUGGAUUUCUCAGCUCAGUUCUCGGCACUGAUUACAGUUGUCACAGCAACUCCAGUGUUGUCAGCCAUGCUCCUUUCAGCCAUUUUGUUCUGCCUUUGAGACAAAUGGAACUUUCUCUUGCGGCUUCCACAUGGACUUUUUGCAAAUGUGUGGAAAACACACCUAUGGCCCUAUGUAGUUAUUAGUUGGCAGACUUGGGCCUGGCCCACUGAACCCUCUGUGAUUCUUGGGUAACCAAUGUGUAGCCUCAGCCUCCUUGGUUUCCCCUCAAGGUUUCUUAGUUUGACUUCCACAUCCUGUUAUUGUCUUCUGCAAUGAGGGACCACCAGUAGCGGAAUUAACUGGAUCACUUAUUUAAAAUGCUGAUUCUAGGUGCUCAGCCCUAGAUGUGCUGAUUUAGAAUCUUUAGGUGGUAGGGCCAGGAGUUUGCACUUCCAUCAAGCUCCCCAGUGCUUCUUACGUCCAUCAAGUUUGAGAACUGCUGCUUAGGCAGAGCUCCUGAGGUAUUUUUCUCUCCCUCUCUAUCCCAGUCUCUCUCUCUUUUUUCCCCCAACAAGUGCUCACCAACAGAUGAGAGAGUG